UGAUUCAGGUCUGUGUCUUGAGUUUCAUUAUAGUCAGAUGCUCGUGAAACAGCUGACAGAUCACAACAGCCUUUCUGGGUGUCCUAAAGAUGCAGAAGUGGGUUGUGAUCUGCUGGGUCUCCCUGGCCCUGGCGGCUGCUGACAUGUGUCCAAACGGUGGGAAGUGUGAAGAGGGUCAAACUUGCUGCAAAAGCCCGACUAAUGGCUACGACUGCUGCCCGUUCGAUGAGGGUGAAUGCUGUGGGGAUCAUAUCCACUGCUGCCCUAAACAUACGGUCUGUGAUAUGACGACAUCCAGCUGCGGCAACGCCACCAUGUCCCUGCGCUGGGUGGAAAGAGUCUCGGCGGGUCUGCCAACGGCCACCAAAUCUUUCAGGAUGAUCCGCUCAUACAUGGGUGAGGAUGAGGAUAACAUCUGUCCCGAUCAGUCCAGAUGCCCGGCUGAGUUCUCCUGCCUGAAAGCGCUGACCCGCUACGGCUGCUGUCCUUUAGCUCAGGGAGUCUCCUGCCCCGAUGGCAAACACUGCUGUCCUGAAGGACACCAGUGCAGCCUGGACAGCCGCUCCUGCGUCAAAAAAGAGAGCAUCACAACGGUUCUGUGCAAAGACGGCGUGUCAGAGUGUCCAGAGGAAACUACCUGCUGCGAAACCCCGGAAGGGAAGUGGGCGUGCUGUCCCAUGCCAAAGGCUGUGUGCUGUGAUGAUAAAAUUCACUGCUGCCCCGAGGAAACAACGUGCGACGUCGAGCACAUGAAAUGUUUGUCUUCUGCUGAGAAAGCCCUGCCGAUGUGGGCCAAGUUCCCUGCCAGAACCAGGGCCGACUGGGAGAACCAGAAAGAAGGUAAGGAAGUAACUGCUUCAGUAGUUGAAGCCAAUGAAACCAAAAACUCUCCUGAUGUCACCACAGCCAAUCCAGUUCCUCCUAUUCAGGAAGAAUCCCCUGUGUCAUCUGUUGCCGGGGAAGCUUCAGCCAAGGACGUUCCCUGCAAUGAAACCACCUCCUGUCCCGAUCAAACCACCUGCUGUAAAACCGAACAGGGCGAAUGGGCCUGCUGUCCUCUUCCAGAGGCUGUUUGCUGUGAAGACUUCAUUCACUGUUGUCCAAAAGGAAAGACUUGUAACCUGGCAGCUCAGUCCUGUGAUGGUGGUGAAGGUUCUGUCUCAAUGCUGGAGAAGAUCCCCUCAUUCUCAAAGGUGUCUGUGAAGAUGCAGGACGUUCAAUGCGACGACACCGCAGCCUGUCCAGAUCAAACCACCUGCUGUAAAACCGCAGAGGGCGGCUGGGCCUGCUGUCCUCUUCCAGAGGCUGUCUGCUGUGAAGACUUCAUUCACUGCUGUCCAAAAGGAAAGACUUGUAACCUGGCAGCUCAGUCCUGUGAUGGUGGUGAAGGUUCUGUCCCAAUGCUGGAGAAGAUCCCCUCGUUCUCAAAUGUGUCUGUGAAGAUGCAGGACGUUCAAUGCGACGACACCGCAGCCUGUCCAGAUCAAACCACCUGCUGUAAAACUGCAGAGGGCGGCUGGGCCUGCUGUCCUCUUCCAGAGGCUGUUUGCUGUGAAGACUUCAUUCACUGCUGUCCAAAAGGAAAGACAUGUAACCUGGCAGCUCAGUCCUGUGAUGGUGGUGAAGGUUCUGUCCCAAUGCUGGAGAAGAUCCCCUCCUUCUCAAAGGUGUCGGUGAAGAUGCAGGACGUUCAAUGCGACGGCACCGCAGCCUGUCCAGAUCAAACCACCUGCUGUAAAACCGCAGAGGGCGACUGGGCCUGCUGUCCUUUUCCAGAGGCUGUCUGCUGUGAAGACUUCAUUCACUGCUGUCCAAAAGGAAAGACAUGUAACCUGGCAGCUCAGUCCUGUGAUGGUGGUGAAGGUUCUGUCCCAAUGCUGGAGAAGAUCCCCUCAUUCUCAAAGGUGUCUGUGAAGAUGCAGGACGUUCAAUGCGACGACACCGCAGCCUGUCCAGAUCAAACCACCUGCUGUAAAACCGCAGAGGGCGGCUGGGCCUGCUGUCCUCUUCCAGAGGCUGUUUGCUGUGAAGACUUCAUUCACUGCUGUCCAAAAGGAAAGACUUGUAACCUGGCAGCUCAGUCCUGUGAUGGUGGUGAAGGUUCUGUCUCAAUGCUGGAGAAGAUCCCCUCGUUCUCAAAGGUGUCUGUCAAGAUGCAGGACGUUCAAUGCGACAGCACCGCAGCCUGUCCAGAUCAAACCACCUGCUGUAAAACCGCAGAGGGCGGCUGGGCCUGCUGUCCUCUUCCAGAGGCUGUUUGCUGUGAAGACUUCAUUCACUGUUGUCCAAAAGGAAAGACUUGUAACCUGGCAGCUCAGUCCUGUGAUGGUGGUGAAGGUUCUGUCCCAAUGCUGGAGAAGAUCCCCUCCUAUCUGAAGCAAAACGUGAAGAUGCAGAAUGUUUCAUGCGACAGCUCCGCCUCCUGUCCCGAUCAAACCACCUGCUGUAAAACCACACAGGGCACCUGGGCCUGCUGUCCUCUUCCAGAGGCGGUGUGCUGCGAUGACCAUGAACACUGCUGCCCCUCCGGCACCACCUGUGACCUAGCCACCUUGAGCUGUUUGCAGUCUUCAGGAUCCGUACCAAUGAGUAAAAAGAUGCCUGCACUCACCUGGACUUCCUCCGCCCUGAGCCAGCUGAUGGAAAUGGUGGUUGAAGAGAAGACUGAAGAGACGGGCGAAGAGGAAAACAAGGUGGAUGAGCGAGAUGAACAGAAGGAUUUCGAUGAUGAGGAAGAUAAAACUGAUGAAGAGGGAAACAUUUUGUGCGACAGCCACACCCAGUGCCCUCAGGGAACCACCUGCUGCUUCAUGCAGAAGUUCCAGAAGUGGGGGUGCUGCCCACUGCCAAAGGCGGUGUGCUGCACUGACGGGGAGCACUGCUGUCCCACCGACUACAAGUGCAAAGAGGAAAGCACCUCGUGUGUUAAGGGAGAAGUGGAGAUCCCAUGGUACACCAAGAUCCCAGCCACCGUCAGCAUUCAGGCCGAUUCCAGCUUUGUGCAGUGCGGCGCUGUGCAUCAGUGUCCCGCACACAUGUCCUGCUGCAGGCUGUUCACGGGAGAGUGGGGCUGCUGCCCGCUGUCAAAUGCUGUGUGCUGUGGCGAUAAGGAGCACUGCUGCCCCGAGGGCUACACCUGCGACCUCACCUCCAGGUCCUGCCAUAAGCUCCUCGCCUUGGAGCUGGAGACCGUCCCCCUGACACCCGUGUUUCUACCUGUCGACCAGUCCCAGCGCGGCCCGGUGAAGCCCAUACUGAACCGCUGCGACGACGUCUAUAGUUGCAACGUGGAUGAGACCUGCUGCAGGACGUCCCACACCACCUGGGGGUGCUGUUUGUCCCCUAAUGCCAUGUGCUGCAGAGACAUGAAGCACUGCUGUCCUGAUGGCUACAGAUGCUCACGUGGCGGCUCCUGCAUCAAGAAACCCGGGCUGCACUGGCUCAACUGGCACACGUUCUUCUCCAACAAGAGGAAAGCCAUAAUAGUGUGAAAAUCAGCAGUGUCAGUUAUCUCUACCCACUAAAAAAAAGUUUACAUACAAUUUUUGUUUUUCUAUUAGGUGAAAAUUGUGGUAAACGGUAACCAAAACACUGACAAACAGAAAAGCGCUUAAGGAAAUGCAAGUUUACAUGAAAGAAAAUGGCUAAAGACGUUAUUACUCAGGGUUCAUAAGCAGUUCUUUUAAGUCAAAAUGAGUAAAAGUCUCCACUGAAUCAUGGCUCACAUCUGUGUCUUUGUGAUUUCAUUUGGAAACUUGUACUGAGUGCCUAAACUCAUCUUCAAAUUGAUCUUAAAUGUUGGUAAAAUUAAGGGUUUAAUGUAUGUCGCUCUGUUAUCUGUAAUGAACCCGAAUGCUGUUGACAUUUUCCAUUAAACCAAUGCAAAUAAAAGUAAAAAGAAAAGA